AUGCAAGAAGCCCUAGUUUUCAGCAGCGACUCAUCCCUGGAGGUCAAACUACACUCAGUGCCCAUUCCCAGCCCUGGACCGAAUGAAGUUCUGAUCAAAGUGGCCGCUAGCGGCACAAACCCAAAGGACUGGAAAUUUCCGGAGUGGUUUGACAGAUUCAAUGGCACCAACACUGGCGACGACAUCGCGGGGUAUGUACACGAGGUGGGCGAGAAUGUCGUCGAGUUCAAGGUGGGAGAUCGAGUGGCCGCCUUUCAUGAUUAUAUGGCACCGCAUGGAAGCUUCGCGGAAUAUGCCAUUGGAAAAGCGCACGCCACCUUUCACCUUCCACCACAUAUCUCUUUUGAGGCCGCGGCCACGGUUCCAUUGGCAGCCGCAACCGCGUCGCUGGCAUUGUUUGCUCGUCUAGGCCUGCCGGAACCGUGGGUGGCUCAUAAGUCGUGGGCCAACAAACCGCGGGGAGGGGUCCUCGUCUAUGGCGCGGCCAGUGCCGUCGGAUCAUUCGUGAUCAAAUGGCUGCAACGAGCAGAUAUACAUCCGGUCAUUGGGAUUGCUGGGCGAGGCCAGGAUUACGCCAAGAGCCUGAUGAGCACCGACAAGGGGGACGUGGUCAUAGACUAUCGUGAUGGGGAAUCAGCCGUCAUCCGCGCAAUUCGUGACGCCAUUCCGGCUGGUGAGAGCCUUCAGUAUGCAGUCGACGCAGUUAGCGAGACGUCCAGCUUCAAGGUGAUCCAUGAGGUUCUGGACCAGACAUCCGGAGCAGUAUCAAUUGUCACUCCGGAACGACCUAAGGAGCUGGCUCCCACAAUUCGCGUGGAAUUCAGUAAUGUUGGAACCUAUCACACAGAGGACCGAGAUUUCGCAUGGGUGUGGACUCGAGUCGUAAGCCGGGGGCUGUUCGACGGUUGGCUGAAGCCUCAUCCACAUACCCUUGUGCCUGGUGGACUCAAUGGAGUACAAUCCGCGUUGACGAACCUGAGAGCUGGGAAAGCGAGCGCUGUCAAAUACGUGGUGCAGGUUUCGCAAGAGUGA